AUGGCGAUGACACCAUCACUUCUCCGACUAGUUAUUGUCCUCUUCGUCGCCUUGGGCUCGUUGACCUAUGGUUACUGUGCGAGUAUUAUUGCUACGACUUUGGGCCAGCCUUCAUUCAUCAGCUAUUUUGACCUUGACACCCGUUCCAAUGCUGCCGACCUUAUUGGUGCCAUCAAUGGACUCUUCCAAGCGGGCGGUCUCUUUGGAGCGCUCUCCUGCACAAAAUCUGCAGAUUGGCUUGGUCGCCGAAAGUCUAUCCUGGUAACUUCGAUAAUCACCGUCAUUGGAGGAGCCCUUCAAGCUGGCAGCGUCGAUAUUGGAAUGUACAUCGCCAUGAGAUUUAUUACAGGCUUCGGAAUAGGUGCCCUUGUCACCCUCGUUCCCCUUUAUCAGUCCGAGAUUUCACCGCCGCGCAUCCGUGGAUGGCUAGUUGGGAUGCACGGGGUCCUCAUCUGCGUUGGGUACGCCAUGGCGUCUUGGGUCGGUUUAGGGUUCUAUUUUGUCAACGCAAGUGGUGCUCAGUGGCGACUCCCCCUGGCUAUCCAGUGCUUACCACCGCUGUUGCUCUCUGCGGGUGUACUCUUCCUCCCUGAAUCACCCCGGUGGCUUCUCGACCAUGACCGCGUCGAAGAUGCUUACAAGUCAUUCAAAGCGGUCCGAGCAGAGGCUACUGACACAUCUGAUCUCGAUAAUGAAGCCUCAAUAAAAGCCGACUUCAAUCUACUCCAAGGCCAGAUCAUGCACGAGAGAUUGGAAGUAAUAUCCCUGAUGGACCUGUGGAGGAAGCCGUCCAUGCGGAAACGAUGCGCUAUUGGCUGGCUGACCAUGUUUGGUGCUCAGGGGACGGCCACGCUUGUUAUCAAUAACUAUGGACCUUCUUUGUACGCAUCGUUGGGUUUCGACACUGUGCAAACUCUUUUGAUCCAGUGUGGCUGGAUCACUGUCUGUCCCUUUGGGAAUCUGAUCAACGCCUGGGUUGUCGAUCGAGUUGGCCGCACUCGUCUAUUGAUGUUUGGCUUUGCUGGCUGUGUUAUCGCGCUCAUCGGAGAAUGCAUCACCGUCGAUGUAUUCCAGCGCACUGGUCAACGGGGCGCAGCGAGCGCGGCUGUUUUCUUUCUGUUCUUGCACAUUGCAUUCUUCUCGGUCUCGUGCGACGCCACUUCUUACAUAUAUGCUGCUGAAAUUUUCCCAACGCCGGUCCGAGCCAAAGGAUUGGCUGUGUCAGUCUCGGGCCUCUUUAUUGCCACCAUUAUUUUCCUUCAGUGUGCACCGAAAGCAUUCGCGACUAUUGGGUGGAAAUACUAUAUUGUCUUCAUCGUCAUCACCACAGUUAUAUUCGCCGUUAUCUGGUUCUGGUUUCCGGAAACAAAGGGCCGCUCACUCGAGGAUAUCGGGGAACUCUUCGGUGACUCAGUUGAACCUGUACAAUUGGAUGACGAGGCUCGUGAUAAAAAGAUGCUCGCCGAUACUGUGGAAGAUCUAAAUAUUCAUGAAGACAUGCAGAAGCAUUGA